GGCAACGCUUCCGCUCGAAACACAACGUUUAGCUCAGUCGUUGAACGCUGCCAGCACUUCGUUAACGUCGAAGCAGUUCGCUUCGGCAUUGCGCGCAAUUUCUUUUCUAUGCCAACACUAUGCAUGUAGUUAUUGCCAGCCGUAAUUUGUAUAUGCCUAGCACCCAUUGCCAUUGUGGCCAUAACACAGCCAAGCAGGCGGUCGCUCAGUCAGUUGCAUUGCGGCUAUUUGCGUGAAAAUAAGUCACUCGUAUACGUCGCAGUCACGCGAAAUAUAUAUUUCUAUUGGCGCAUCGGCAUUACGGUACUUUUCGGUUUGGCGCGCGAAAUUUCCGGCAAGCGGCCAAAUAGUCGCAAACGAGUUGCUGGGCUUUUAAGGCAUUAAGUGCGCUUAGAUUUGACGGUCAGUGCACUGUGGCAAGCUGGCUGGUGAUCGGCCGUACGUGUGUGUUUUGGAUGGCAACAGCGGAUUUUGUGCGUCGAUACGCUUAUUGCUUCCACUUUUUUUUUGCUUCUGCUUCGAAUUUUCAAAAUCAUCGACAUCAACUACUCAAAUCAAAGCCAGUCAAUAGUGGAAAUCCAAUUUAAGUGAUUCGACUUAAGAGGCUUGCAGAAAGUUUGAGAAAAAAUGUUCAUAUUAAGACGACCAUUGCUUUUGAUUUGGUGCCUAGUUAUGUUUGUGGGUCUAAUGAAACUACACUGCCAUGGUGUACCCACUGCCAAUGCAAAUCAAACAACACUAGCAACAACGACAACAGCAAAUGAUACUACAGCCAUAGAUAAGCAAAUGGCACUUAAGGAAGGCAAUGACCAGAAAAGUGAACAUUAUAAACCCCGUGCACCAACAACAACAAGCACAAGUAGACGAAAAGAGGACACAGCGCCAAUCUCUGCAACCACUUAUGAUCAACAUGCUUACGUCACAAAUAACAGCAUCGACAUCGCGUUGACACCGAUGAUGAGCCUUUUGCCGCCUAAUGUGGCUUUUAGCUUAAAAGCGUCCGCAAAAGUGUCUUCGAAGGGCGCAGCGAAAACUGCUGCCACUUUCGACACUGAGCGCAUGCAGAACGAACGAUAUGAACAACAAAAUGACAAACAACAACAACAACUGCCCACCAUCACACGCGCAAUGCAAGUGGCACGCAUUUACGAAUCCUUCCGCGCGCUGCCCGAACUCGACGUCCACAGUGCCGCCGGCAGCGCGCAGCGUUUCAAGCGCUUGUCGGACCUAGCCACGGACCACACUCCGCACGCCACAGCCACCAGCGGCAACAUAAGCACAACGUGGCCGCCUGUCGCUACAACAACGGCAAGUGUGGACACUAAUGUGACAACAGCAACAAACAUGCGGAAACGCACCGCAUCGGCGGAUAUGUUGAGUCGCAACAUUUCCAUCAUUUUGGAGAAUCUGCUUAAAAGCUACGAGCAAUCACAGCUGCCAACGCACGGACAAGGCAUUCCAACCGUGGUGCGGACCAACAUUCUCAUACGCAGCAUGGGUCCCGUGUCGGAGCUGGAUAUGGACUACUCAAUGGACUGCUACUUUCGGCAGUAUUGGCAUGACAAGCGAUUGAGCUUCCAAGGGCCAAUACAAAGUCUAUCACUCAGUAUUAAGAUGUUGGACAAAAUUUGGCGUCCGGACACGUACUUCUUCAAUGGAAAGCACUCUCAUAUACAUACAAUCACUGUGCCAAAUAAGUUACUGCGCCUGGAUCAAAAUGGCGGUAUCCUAUACUCGAUGAGACUAACAAUAAAAGCGACAUGCCCCAUGGAACUUAAAAACUUUCCGAUGGAUCUACAAUCCUGUCCAUUAAUAAUCGGUAGUUACGGCUAUACAAAUCGCCAACUAGUCUACGAGUGGAAGGGUGAGGACGAUGCGGUGUCAUUUGUACCCGGCAUGACAUUGAAUCAAUUCGAUUUGAUAAGCAUGAAACACCGUAACUUUACCUACACCAGACGAGAGGGAGACUUCUCCGUGCUGCAUGUGGCCUUCAACCUCAAACGGCACACAGGUUAUUUUCUCAUUCAGGUUUACGUACCCUGCAUAUUGAUCGUCGUGCUGUCAUGGGUCUCCUUCUGGAUACAUCGUGAAGCCACCAGUGAUCGUGUGGGCCUCUGCGUGACUGCUGUACUCACACUCUCCACUAUUAGCUUGGAUUCGCGCACCGAUUUGCCAAAAGUCAAAUACGCCACUGCUUUGGAUUGGUUUCUCUUGAUGAGCUUUCUGUAUUGCAUUGCGACGUUGCUCGAGUUUGCGGGUGUGCACUAUUUUACAAAAGUGGGCAGCGGUGAGAUACCCAUAAGCGAGGAUGAAUGGGAGGACAUUGACGAAGGUGUCGCUGACGAUGACGAAGGCGAAGAAGAGGCACAAAGUUGUUCGAUAAAACAUAGUAAUGAGUCCGUGUGUGAAAUUCCGCAUCCUUUGGCUAGCAACUUCUGUAAACGCAACGCUAUGAUUUGCCCUAUUUAUAAUGACCCCGCACAAAUUUUUCCAGCACCGUCCUCACAUGCCUCUACAAUGGAACGAACCACACAAACGGAGCCACCGGUUAUAUCGAAGGGCAAACAAAUGUGGCUUUGUCUAAUAGGUGAUGACAAAUUUCGACGACAGAGAGAACGUGAUGCGGCAGUGACUAAAGGUAGCCGCUAUGUGAACAGCGUCUCUCUGAUAGAUCGAGUUUCGCGUGUUGCUUUCCCAAUGUCUUUUGCUUUCUUCAAUCUGCUCUAUUGGCUGGCAUACGGAAUGUACAAAAAAGAGUUCACCUGGUCAACGGUAAAAGGUUAAAAAAUAAAUAGUAAUCCCAAGGAACAAUCAUGCUCAAAAAAUUAAUCAAAAGACAAGAAAGCAAUAAAUAUACUAUUACAUACAUCAAUGUUUGAGAAAGAAGAGCAUAUCACAAGCUAAAAACACACAUACAUAUGUACACACAAAAAAUAAGGUUAUGAAUUUAUAAAAAGUUAGUACGAAAAGUCUAUUAAACCAACAAAUGAAAAAUUGAAUAUUUUUUCGCCAAUUUACUAUAUAAAAAUUUUUUUUAAAAAUUAAAAAAAAAACGCCAACAAGGGAUAUAGUUAACAUAACAUGAGCGAUAACUAAACAACGAGCUUCUUUUACAUUAUAAUUAGCCAAUGUAGCGAUAAUAAUAAUUUAUAUAACAGUCAAUAUUUAUAUAAUUGUAAGUAAAGCAUACACAUAAUUAUUAUAAAAAUAUAAUAUAUAUAUAUUUACAAAAGCUUGAAUUAAACUAAUUUAUCAGUGAAAAUGCGCAUAUUUUUUAUUAACAUAUAUACGAGAAGAAGAAGAUGUACAUAGCUAGCGUUAACAACCUGUGCCAAAUGAAAGCCAAAUUGUAAUUAAAAAUUUUUGUUUUUUAAUAUGAUUUUUCAAUUUUAAGGUUUUUUUUUUUUUUUGAAACUAUUUUAAUAAUAAUAUACAAGUCUGGAAAAAGAAGCGAAAGAGGUUGGACACGUAAUGAACGAAGGCAAAACAAAGUACCUGAAGCCACACACAAAGAUUCCUCGUGUCUGUCGUAUGACACUGUUGGCAGAUAUAAAUUUGAAAAAGCUAAGGAAAUUGUACCUCUCGGAAUCAGCACAAAUUCCACCAAUAUUCCAAUGGAGAUCAAGCGCAAAAUAGCUCCUGCCAUCAGGUGCUACUUUAGGAUCGUUAGGCAAUUGAGAAGCAGAUGACCCUCAGGACAAACACAAAUUACGCUUAAUAAGUCUCUUAUUAUUCCCAUCCUAUUAUAUGGCGCAGAAACUUGGACGAUGACGAACCGAGAUGAGAAAGCACUAGGAGCAUUCGGGAGAAUUGCUCUCCGCAAGAUCUUUGUAGCGCGUGAGCGAUGAACAUCGAAGAAGAUGGAACCACGAACUGUAUGUGUUUUACGGGGUUAAACUAAGGUGACCAUAUUUUUCCCAAUUCAUUUUUCUUUUUUUUUUAAUUUCUAAGCCCGGGACGGCCGGGACGCUGAACUCAGAAUCCGGACUGUUCCGCCAAACGGGACGAAUGGUUAGCUAAAGUUAAACGCAUAAAAAUACAACAAAUCCGCUGAUUAUACCAUGCCGUCAGCAUAGGAGAUGGUACUCCAGCGAAAAGCUUCAUCGAUUUAAGACCACUGGGUGGACAACAGAAGCAAGGGCGCCCACGCAUCCAAUGCAAUGACAAAGUGCAUAGCGACCUACCUGCACUUGUGCUCUUGGCCCAGACCGACAGAUGAUUUUAGUGCCAAAGAAGGAGAAAAGAUAAAGAACUCCUCUAUAAUCAGAAUAUUAAUCAAAUAUUUUUAAGCGUUUAAAAAUUAUUAGCAAUAUUUUUACUUUUGUAACAAAACACUUCAGGCUUCUAACCUAUGAUAAAUAAUAAUUCAAUACCAUUUAUUUUGUCUUGCGGCCUCACACAAAUUUUAUUCAAUAAAUUGAAAAUUUUUGGAUUCCCUUGAUACCGUAGUGAUCAACAGAAGGACCUCCGAAAAGAUGUGUCUGCAGUGGACACAAUUUGUCUGCUUAAAAGUAUAUCAAAUCUAAAAUUAAAUAAAAAAUUAACAUUACUAUAGAUUGAACGCAUAUAAUGAUUGAAGUACUAGUCAAAAUUUUGGUUUUUUUGGCGAUGUCCCAAAAAAGUCUUUUUUUGUAAACAAUUUACACUUCAGAAUGGCUUAAAAAAUUGAAAUUAGUUUUAGAAAUCUUAGUAUUUCGAGCAUUACUUGACAAAUAUAUCUAACAAGGUCGUUUCGGAGUAAUUUUCCUCACCAACCUGAAAACAGUCUUACUAAAAAACCUUUUUGGAAGACGAUUAAAGUAAAGAUUAAAGAUUAAAGAAUUCUUACAAACACAAUCAUCUCUCCGAAACUGUUUUUCGGGUCAACUUCAAAUUUUCGGAGAAUAUUCACAAUUGUACGUACAUUCGAUAUACAUAUAUGUAUGCUGAAAUAGGCAUUUUGAAAAUAACUAGUGGAUUUAACUGCUAAACGUAUUCAAAAAUAAUUGGUACAAGGUACAAUUCAAAAGGAGGGACUUUUUAAACAACGCGGCUUCUUGU